GUCACUAGCCAUUCUCAGUUUCCUGAAGACACUUUUACCUCUCGUGCUCGAUUUCACCGCUCGCUUCCAACUUUACUACUCGCUCUUUGCUCUACGUGUGCGCUCUGUCCGCUCCGUUCGCUCCUCUCAGUUCUCAGCAAUCAUGUCAGGUCGCGGAAAGGCUGCUGGAAAGAAGGCCGUGAGCCGAUCAGCAAAGGCAGGACUUCAGUUUCCUGUGGGUCGUAUAGCCCGUUUCCUCAAGGCAGGCAAAUAUGCCACUCGAGUGGGUGCCGGUGCUCCAGUUUACCUCGCUGCAGUCCUCGAGUACCUAGCUGCUGAGGUUUUGGAGCUUGCCGGAAACGCAGCCAGAGACAACAAGAAGACUCGCAUCGUUCCGAGACACAUUCAACUGGCCGUGAGAAACGACGAGGAGCUCAGCAAACUUUUGGGAAUGGUGACCAUUGCAGCUGGUGGUGUUCUACCAAACAUUCACUCAGUCUUGCUUCCCAAGAAAUCUGCGGCUGACAAGGGCGAAACCCCAGAAGUAUAGUUCCUCUGGUUCUCUGAUUGAUACUACUUAGGCUCCCAAGCUGUACAUGCUAUUAGGAAUACAUCCAGUUCUGUUCCUUAGCUGAGAGUAAAUAAGUAAUAAUUGCUUCCUGUCAAGCUGUUCAGCGUACUUCCCUUGCUCCAUGUUGCACCAAUUUUGUUACCUAGUUUUGGAUACCGUAACAGAACAUA